AUGUCUACAGCAGAUACUAAAGAAACCAGAAAGAAUAUCGAAGCUACCAUAGAUAGCUUCCUCCGUGCUUACGAAGAUGGGAGAGAAGCCAAUGACCCGUCCAUCAUCAACCGUGUUGUCACCCCAGACUGCACACGGCAGCUUCUUCCCGCCUCGCUCUGCGAAGCCCUAGGUGUUCCACCAGAGUUUUUGAUGUCCAAUGAUUUGUACGAAAAGCUCUUUGCUGACGAUCUUGCUCUUGGCGGCGUCUACAAUACCACUCCGCGCCACCUGGUGAUCGACGUGGAGGCCCGACGCGCUGCGGUAUCCACCACUGGGGAUUUCAAAUACCACGAUGGGGAGGUCAUAGCACUGGAGUUUGCCUUUACUUUUUAUUUUAACGACGAUGGUACGAAGAUCAGCAAGGCCAUUGAGGUUGCUGAUAGCAAUGCCGUUCUGAAGAUGGCGGCCAAAGCACGCGCUCAUGCGGAGUCUUCUGUAUCCACAGCUUCAGGAAAAGGAGCCGGAGCUAAGAAUGGUGACAAUAUAGAUUUAUCAGAGACUGGGUAA